AUGGAGACGCAAUACUCUCGUCAACGACUCCACCCAGAACACAUCUCAGCAGACAACAAGGACAAGUACCCAUCACCCGCCCACGUUUACCAGCCUGGGCACCACCACUCGGCGGUGCACACCGCGCACUCGACGGCGCACCCAGUGCACCACCCGGCGCACCAGGUGCAGUCUAGGACUCACCAUUCUGUUGUGCAGCAUCAACAGCAUCCAUCUGCACAACACGCCGAAAACUACUACUACGACCCUUCCUCCUCUUGCAAUCCUCCCUUUUCCCCUCGAGACCUUGCCCCUCACCAUCACUCUCACCUUGGAGAGUUACACUCUCGCGAGGACCACUACCGCCGGCCAACUUUGGAAUCCUCAUCGUCUGGCUCAUCUCGUGACUUUGUUCACGCAGGUCCUCCUCCCCUCCGCCGCCUCAGCGCGCCCUCCGUCUCUGGCCCCGAGCCAACAGAAGGCAUCGCGGUUGCCGCAUCGCAGGUCGGCAACCCCCACUCGGUCCCACUCGGUGAACCCUCAUCCCCCAGACAGCGCGGAUACCUUCCGCCGCCGCCGCCGCCGCCGCCGCCGCCCCGUCUCGGUGUUCGCGCACACCCGCCCCCGGCAAUCUCGAUCCCUCGCUUCCCAAGCAGGUCUGGAUACGAAGCGCCGCAAUCGGCUCCCCUUGUCCCGCCAGCCCAUUCGGCAACCCACUUUCGCCACCACCUGCACCCUCCACGCAGCGCUGGACCCCGCCCGUCACCCGGCCCCUACACCCCCUCGGGCGUGCCCGCGCCCCCGCUCUCGGCAUCGGCAGCUGUUGGGCGCCGCGAAACCUUUCUAGCGCCCCCCUAUCCGUCGUCUGGGACGUCUUCACCCCUCCCACUCGACGACCACCGCUCCCUCCGCUCUCCUCACCCCCCUCUCACGGCCAUCUACUCCCGCCAGCCUUGGCCACCCCUCCCGCCUGCACUAGAGGCCGACGAAUACCAUCGCCAACGGCCGUAUCUCUCAAGCCCACUAGGUGACGUACCAAGCGGCGGCAACUCUGCGUCCGCAUCCUCGUCGCAUCCUCCGCCGCACGCCUACUACUCUGCGUCUCAACAUCACUCUUUGCAGAGUACAUCUGCAUCGACGACUUCACACUCGCACGCCCAUCCACAAACAGGCGUCCCCGUCUCGCCUGCCUACCUCUCCGCCCCACCCCUGUUCCCUGUACCCCGCGCAUCCCAACCACGCCCAACCACCAACCGUGCCAAUUCUCCUCUUUACAUUCCACCGCCUCUACGCUUCAAGUACUCCAAGUCCCCACCUCCCUACGACCCGCACACCAUGCCGCCAAGGAAAAAGGCUGCGGCUGGCUCGAGCGCGACUGUCACGGCGACACCUGUCAGCACGUCGACACGAUCGUCGCGCAGGCUUGCAGGAUCGUCCGCCGUGCCCACAAAGGGCAACGGAUGGACCGCAGAGCACACAUACGACUCGUAUGGCCAGCCCAAGGAGGUCAUUGUCAUCCAGGACAGCACCAGCCCCAUCCCGAAAAAGCGAAACACAAGGGCAGCAGCAGCAGCAGCAGCAGCAGCAGCCGCAGCUGCAUCCGAAAAGUGGAUCGCAACAAAUGGGGCAGCCAACGGUACAGCCGCAAAGAAGCGCAAGGCCGAGGAAGACGAGGCCGCCCAGGCUAAAAAGCCAAAGCCAAAGCCAAAGCCUGCCGUGCCUGCAGCUGCCCAGCAGCCUGUGGCAUCUUCGUCCUCUAGCGUCGCAGCGCAGACACCAUGGGACGACGCCGAGGGCCACUACAUUGUCAAGCCGGACGAUGUGAUUGGCGGACGAUACAAAAUUGUGCGGCUAUUGGGCCAGGGCACGUUUGGCAAGGUCGUCGAGGCGCGUCACAUCGAGUCGCGGAAGAAGGUCGCCAUCAAGGUCAUCCGCGCGGUGCAAAAAUACCGCGAUGCGAGCAAGAUUGAGAUCCGCGUGCUAGAAACGCUCAAGAAGAACGACCCUACCAAUGCCUACAAGUGCAUCCAUCUCACAGAGUACUUUGAUUUCCGCAACCACCCAUGCCUUGUUUCCGAGCUAUACGGGAUGAGUGUGUUCGACUUCCUCAAGAUAAACGGAUUCCAGCCAUUCCCAGAAAAGCACAUCCAGGACUUUGCGAGGAGUCUAUUGCAGAGUGUGCAAUUUCUACACAAGUUGAAACUUGUGCACACCGACUUGAAGCCAGAGAACAUUCUCUUGGUGAGCAACGAGUCGCGACUGACUGGGCCAAGGCAGCGCGCCAACGCACGGUCCAAGUCGAUCUUGCGAAACACCGAGAUCCGCCUGAUCGACUUUGGUAGCGCGACGUUUGAGAACGAGUACCACUCGUCGGUGGUCAGCACGCGCCACUACCGUGCACCAGAGAUUAUCCUGGGCCUGCCGUGGUCGUACCCGUGCGACAUGUUCUCAAUAGGGUGCAUCCUCGUCGAGUUCUUUACGGGUGAUGCGCUCUUCCAGACGCACGACAACCUCGAGCACCUCGCAAUGAUGGAGGUUGUCAUGGGCAAGAUGCCGCAGCGGAUGAUCGACCGGGGACGCGUCAAGAAGCCCGAGUUCUUCAAGGGCAACAAGAUCGACUUCCCGAACCCCACAGUCCCAAAGUCGAGCCGCAAGUUUGUAAAGGGCCUCAAGAACAUCCGCGACAUCAUCCCUCCCACCAGCCCCGGCAACGCGCUGUUCUUGGACCUAAUCUUACGCCUGCUCGACUUUGACCCCGAUAACCGGGCCGAGGUUGGUGAGGCGCUCAAGCACGCCUACCUCCGGCAUCCGAUGCCGGAUCCCCCACCGUAG